AUGCCGAACCCUCAUUACGACUUCCUCAUCAAGCUGUUGCUGAUUGGUGACUCGGGCGUUGGAAAGUCAUGCUUGUUGCUACGAUUCUGCGAUGAUGCUUGGACGCCAUCGUUCAUCACCACCAUUGGCAUCGACUUCAAGAUUCGCACCAUUGAGCUGGAUGGCAAGCGCAUCAAAUUGCAAAUCUGGGACACAGCAGGACAGGAGCGAUUCCGAACCAUCACCACCGCCUACUACCGCGGAGCCAUGGGUAUCCUGCUCGUAUUUGAUGUGACGGACCAGAAGUCGUUCGAGAAUGUCCGAACGUGGCACGCCAACAUUGAGCAGCACGCAAGCGAAGGUGUCUCGAAGAUUCUGAUCGGCAACAAGUCGGACUGGGAGGAGAAGCGAGCCGUGACGGUGGAGCAGGGCGAAGAGCUUGCCAAGGAGCUGGGCAUUCCUUACAUCGAGACAUCAGCCAAGGCCAACACCAACGUGGAGGAGGCUUUCUUCAACCUGGCUCGCGAGGUCAAGACGAGGCUCAUCGACACGGCAGCCGUCACGCAGGCGUCGUCAGCAGCAACGGCAGGCAAUGUCAAUGUCAACUCGGCGCCCAAGACGGGAGGUGCUGGUGGUUGCUGCAGUUAA